UCCUGCAAGAUCAAGAGACCUGCAAUACAAAUUCAUUUGUAUUGCCUUCUCCUCCAAAUCCUACAGGCAUAAUGGCCGCGAUGAGGACGGCGACAAUGGCUUUGGCAGCAAUGAUGCUGAUUUUGGUUGCGGAAGGGACGGAUACGAACGAUGUAUUCAGUCCAUGUUUGGAUGCGAAAGUUCAGAGAUCAGAUGGAUUCACUUUUGGUGUAGCGUUUUCGUCGAAGGAAUCGUUCUUUCAGGAUCAGAUUCAGUUUUCGCCAUGUGAUCGACGUCUCGGUUUGGCAUCCAAAAACGCUCAGCUUGUUGUUUUCAGGCCUAGGGUCGACCAGCUCUCGCUCCUUACCAUCAAUAGCACCACCUUCAAUCCGGCUCUGUAUGGUGGGUAUAUGGUAGCAUUUGCUGGGCAGAAGUAUGCAGCAAGAUCUCUCCCAGUAUUGAUUACUGAUAAUUCUAACACCAUAACUAGUUUCACUUUGGUUCUUGAAUUUCAGAAGGGCACUCUUCAAAAUCUGUUCUGGAAGAAAUUUGGGUGUGAUAAAUGCACUGGGGACUACUCAGUUUGCCUGGACAACCAAGACUGUGCAGUUCCAAACACCAAAUGUAAAUUCAAUGGUGGUUCCAUUGACUGCAAUCUGAGCAUACAACUAGCAUUUUCAGGGACAGACAGGAACCUGGAAGUCCUCAACUCCUGGUUUGAGGUCGACAAUCUCAGGCGCUACUCCCUCUAUAAACUUUUCUCUGAUGUUCGAGAUACUAUCUCUGAUGUUCAUGAUACCAUCACCAAUCCAUUCGGGUAAAAAACUUC